AUGCUCAAUCCAGACCUAAUCUAAGAAUUUGAAAUGAAUGGAUACAAUUUACCAAAAAUGGAUAAAGUAUAAUGUAUCAAUCAAAUUAAAUACUUACUUUAAACUCAUCCUAUAGAUUUUGACUUUAUUGUAGCUAAUACUAAAUUAACAACCAAUUAAAAGAAUAUAUUGUAAUAAUAAACACAUAUUUCAAAUAUCCUUAACUCUCCUAAUGAUUAUAAGUUUACAUGUCCACUUUUUGAUUUCAAAUAAUUGAAUGAAUUACUUCCUAAUAAAAAUAGAUUAAAGAUAAAUGAAAUUAAGUCUAAAGUUGAAAACCUUUUAAAUAAUAGUCAUAUAGAUCCACCAUAAACAAUUAAAAAAAGGUAUAAUAAAUUUAUUUAAUAUAUCAAUUAGAUGGUGGACAGAAGAUGAAGAUCAAUAACUUAAAGAUUUAGUCUCUUAAUAUGGUGCUAAAAAUUGGAAGAAAAUAGCAUCCUUUUUUUAAGACAGAACAGAUGUAUAAUGUUUGCAUCGUUGGCAAAAAGUUCUUAAUCCUGAUCUAGUUAAAGGUCCUUGGACUCAAGAAGAAGAUGAACUUUUAGGUAAAUUAGUACUUGGUUAUGGUCCUAAGAAUUGGAGUCAAAUUGCCAAACAUUUACCAGGAAGAAUAGGAAAAUAAUGUAGAGAAAGGUAUAUUUAAAAUAUUAAAUAAGAUUUCAUAAUCAUUUAGAUCCAAAGAUUAAUAAAGAAAGAUGGACAGAUGAAGAAGAUUAAACUAUUAUAGAAGCUCAUAAAAAAUUAGGAAAUCGUUGGUCUUUGAUUGCUGGAUUAUUGAAAGGUAGAACAGAUAAUUCAAUUAAAAAUCAUUGGAAUAGUACAUUAAAGAGAAGACUUAAAAUGUAAAAUAGAUGGGAAGAUUUGUAAGUAUUAUAGAAUUAAGAUGAUACAUAAAUUAAAGGAAUUCCAAGAAGACAUAUGUAAAGAAAAAUUAUUUAUUAAAAAACACCAGUCAAAAUGAUUAAACAUGAUCCUGUAUCAAGGUAAUUGAAUUUUUAAACUCCAUAAUAAUCUCCAUCAAGUAAAUAUAAUAAUUAUUAUUUUUAUCUAGAAAUGGAAUAAAUUUCAAAGAGUUUAUUUAUUGUAUUCCCAAAUUUAAAUUCAAAGUUACUAAAUCUCUCAAGUUCGAUUCUUAUCAAAUAGUUGAGUGAGUUGGUUAAUUUUGAUCUUGAUUUCAAUAAACAAUAUAGUUAUGAAUGA